GGGCUCAAAGUGAUGAAGCUUCCUCUCGUUGCCCAUCAGCACUGCCCAACCUGACCCAAGUCCGGCUUAUGGAUGUGUCUUAGUGGCAAGGCGCUUUGUCCAAGGUCCAGCUCGUAGCACCAGGAGAAAGGUUUUUGUUUUGACAAAAAAAAAAGCACCAAAGUCGCCUUGUGUGUCGAGCAUGGAUCAGCCCGGGAGCACUCAGACACAGCCUCAGCACGAACCCAUCAGCUUCGGGAUCGAUCAGAUUUUGAGUAGUUCCGACCAGGAGAGCUGUCUCCAGCCCAGCAGCAGGAUAUCAGAGCCUGGCUACUUGGGGAGUCCCAUCAACGGCACAUACUCUUCUCUCGCAUCCGCCUUCCCGGGUAUUGGGGCAUACGAGGACCCGACCGGUCUGCCCGGAUCUUACAGUGUUAACCUGAGUAUGAAUGUGAACGGCCUGGCGUCGGCUGGUGUGAUCAGGGUCCCCGCACACCGACCCAUUCCCCACGGCCCAGUGGGCAGCGGCAUGCCCACCAUGCCAGCCAUGCCCAGCAUCGGCAGUGUGGCCGGACUCAACAGCCUCAACUUCCCCUGGAUGGAGAGCAGUCGGCGCUUUGCCAAGGACAGACUGGCAGCGGCUCUCACGCCGUUCACAGUGACCAGGAGGAUCGGGCACCCGUACCAGAACAGAACCCCUCCCAAGAGGAAGAAACCUCGUACCUCCUUCACCCGUAUCCAGAUCUGCGAGUUGGAGAAAAGGUUUCACCGUCAGAAAUACCUGGCGUCGGCCGAGAGGGCCGCCCUGGCCAAGUCCCUCAAAAUGACAGACGCUCAGGUGAAGACCUGGUUCCAGAACAGGAGGACCAAGUGGAGGCGACAGACUGCAGAGGAGAGAGAAGCAGAGAGACAGCAGGCCAACAGAUUGAUGCUGCAAUUGCAGCACGAUGCUUUUCAGAAAUCCUUAAGCGAAUCCAUCCAGCCCGACCCCCUGUGUCUGCACAACUCUUCCCUGUACGCACUGCAGAACCUGCAGCCCUGGGCAGAGGAUGGCUCCAAGAUUACAACCGUCACCUCUGGAUUGGAACGAUCCAUUGAAGACACUUAUUGGUGACCUGUGUGUGAGGGACAGACCCCGUGAUGUACAGGAAGCAUGCGACUGAGAUUUUUUUUUUCUAAAUGUAUGGAUUCACAUAUAAAUCCACCAUUUA